CCUGCAUCAGGGAUCCUGAUGCCAUCCUGCAGCAGGUGGUUCCACCGCGACCUUAGUGGCAUAGAUGCUGAGGCCUUGCUCAAAGCGCGAGGAGUCCACGGCAGUUUCUUGGCCCGGCCGAGUCGGAAGAACAAGGGCGAUUUCUCUCUCUCUGUCAGGGUUGGUGACCAGGUCACCCACAUCCGAAUCCAGAAUACAGGGGAUUUUUACGACCUCUAUGGAGGGGAGAAGUUUGCCACGUUGUCUGAACUGGUGGAGUAUUACACUCAGCAGCAGGGAUCCCUUCAAGAUAAAGACGGGACCAUCAUCGACCUGAAGUAUCCACUGAACUGCUCAGACCCCACGACGGAAAGGUGGUAUCAUGGGCAUCUUUCCGGCCCGGCAGCGGAGGCCUUGCUUCAGGCCAAGGCCACACCAUGGACUUUCUUGGUGCGCGAGAGCCUCAGCAAGCCUGGGGAUUUUGUGCUGUCGGUCCUGACUGACCAGCCUAAAUCCGGGAUGGACGCCGCACCGACCGGAGCUACCAGCGCACCCAAAGAACGACGCAGAGUCACUCACAUCAAGGUCAUGUGUGAGAGGGGGAGGUACACUAUCGGAGGCCAAGAAAAGUUUGGAAGCUUGGCUGACUUGGUGGAUCAUUUUAAGAAGACGGGAAUUGAGGAGGUGUCUGGAUCCUUUGUGUAUCUCAGACAGCCUUUCAACGCCACCCGAGUGAACGCAGCUGACAUUGAGAACCGGGUGCAAGAACUCAACAAAAGAAGCCAAGCGGAAGAGACAGCCAAAGGCGGCUUCUGGGAAGAGUUUGAUAGCUUGCAGAAACAAGACUCAAAGAACCUGUAUGAUCGGCACGAGGGCCAGAGGCCGGAGAACAAAAGCAAGAACCGCUAUAAGAACAUCUUGCCCUUUGACCACUCUCGAGUCAUCCUCCAAGACAGAGACGUGAACGUUCCUGGGGCGGAUUACAUCAACGCCAAUUACAUCAAGAACCAGCUCUUUGGCCCCGAGGAGUUCAGCAAAACCUACAUCGCCAGCCAGGGCUGCCUGGAUGCCACCAGCAACGAUUUCUGGCAGAUGAUGUGGCAGGAGAAUUCGCGCAUCAUCGUGAUGACCACCCGGGAAGUGGAGAAAGGAAGGAACAAGUGCGUCCCCUAUUGGCCAGAGGUGAGAGGCAGCAAAGAGUACGGCCCCUACAUAGUGGAGAACACUGGCGAACAUGAUGCGCUGGAGUAUAAACUCCGACACCUCCGUCUUUCACCCAUCAGUAAUGGCGAGGCGGUGCGAGACAUAUGGCAUUACCAGUACCUGAGCUGGCCGGACCAUGGAGUUCCCAGUGAACCCGGUGGCGUCCUGGGCUUCUUGGACCAGGUGAAUCAGAAGCAGGAGAGCAUCCCGGGGGCCGGACCCAUCGUGGUGCACUGCAGUGCCGGAAUAGGCCGCACCGGGACCAUCAUUGUCAUCGAUAUGGUCAUCGAUAUGAUCGCCACAAAAGGCUUGGACUGUGACAUCGACAUCCCGAAGGCCAUCCAGAUGGUGCGGGCCCAGCGCUCAGGCAUGGUGCAGACAGAGGCCCAGUACAAGUUCAUCUACAUGGCCAUCAGCCAGUUCAUUGAGACCACCAAAAAGAAGCUGGACGUCAUGCAGUCUUCAAAAGGAAGGCUGAACGAGUGUGAAUAUGGGAAUAUCACCUACCCGCCUGCUCAGAAGGCCACGCACACAAAGGCGUCGCGGAAAUCCUCCAAGCAGAAGGAGGAGACAUCCCUCUACGAGAACUUGGAGAACGCCAAGGGCAAGAAGGAGGAGAGAGAACACAGGCACUUUCUCGCAGGGAAGGAGAAGAAACUGAAGGGCUCCCUGAAGAAAAAAUAA